GAGCUUUGUUUGUCACUGUUGUUAUGUAAGCCCCCCUCUCUCUCCCUCUAUCUUUUUGUCUGUUAGAAAUGGCAUUUGCAAGUGUCAUAGCUUUUGUUGCAUUUCUUGUUCUUCAACCUCUUUCAGCUAGAAGUGACUUCCUUUCUCCUAUGCUUUCUCCCAUCUUUGAUGAUGUCUGCAAAGAAGUGGAAUGUGGAAAAGGAACUUGCAAAUCUUCUAAGAAUAGCACUUUCUUCUUUGAAUGCGAGUGUGAUCCAGGUUGGAAGCAAUCUCCUGGUUCCAAUGAUGAGGCAGAUUUGAAGUUUCUUCCUUGCAUAGUUCCCAAUUGUACAUUGAACUACUCUUGCUCCAAUGCCCCUUCCCCUGUUCAAGAAAAAGCAAGAAAAGCCAAUGAGUCAAUUUUUGAUGCUUGCCAUUGGGUUGAUUGUGGAGGUGGCUCAUGCAACAACACAUCCAUGUUCACCUAUAGUUGUGAAUGCAAUGCUGACUAUUACAAUCUCCUCAAUGUCACAGCCUUCCCUUGCUUCAGAGAAUGUGCUAUUGGCUUGGGUUGCCCUGAUCUUGGAAUAACAAUGACAAACCCAUCUUCUUCUCCACUAUCAGCUUUGAAUGACGGUAGUAAGAAUGAAGCUAGCUCAAUUCUACAAGGAAGUUCCCUUUGGCUGGUCAUGCUGAUUAUCUUCAUGGCAAAGAUCGAGUUUCAAUAGGACAAAUGCUGGAUAGUUUUAGCAGUAUCUCAUAUUAUGCUAUUGAUUUGGAGAGGAAUGGUGAUCAUAUAAAUAAUGCAUCAGGGUUUAAUCAUAUGGCAGUUUUAGUCAUAAUAUAUCUAGUGCAGAUGAGAGAGCAUGAGUUUUUUGCCUUGGUUUUUUCAUUCUCUUUGUACAAUUAUUCCAUAACAUAUAUUGAUGAUUGAUGGUCUUAUAUCUUAUUGUGUUCCCCAAGUGUCAUGAAUUUGAUUGUUUAUAGAAGGUUAUAUUUUCUUGCAACUUGCAUUGGUGCUUGUAUUUCUCUUAUACAUAUUACUGUAAAUGGGGCAUA